ACAAUAUAUAAAAUGAACCCAAAUGCUGUAACAAUCCACCACAACAUAAGACGUUCACCACCACUGACACCACCACCACCACCACCGGCGGGGCUGUUCAAAGCCCCACACGGUGGCAACCAGGCACACCAGAAGCCAAAUCUCUUUCACAUGACCUGGGGCAAGAACACGGAAGUCCUGUUCUCGGGUUGGCCCGGUUCUAGCUCGGGCAUGUACGCAUUGUCCUUGAUCUUCGUCUUUGGAUUGGCUGUGCUCGUUGAAAUGCUCUCCCACUGGAAUCUGAUCAAACCCGGGUCCAACCGGGUGGCUUCUUGUCUGUUCAGGACGGGUCUCCAUGUCAUUCGGGCUGGAUUCGCGUAUAUGGUGAUACUGGCGGUAAUGUCUUAUAAUGGCGGUGUGUUUAUUGCCGCAGUUCUGGGUCAUGCUGCCGGGUUCGUUGUUUUCGGAAGUGGGCUUCUCAUGAAGGCUUCGGAUAAACCAUAGGGUAAUGGAUUAAGUGUUGGAUGAACAAUAAUACUGGGCCUUGGCCUUGAAUAAAGAAAGGCUUCUGGGUUAUAGCUUGUGGAAUUCCCAAGCCUCAAAACCCACCUCAAAAGUGAAAAUAAUGAGAAAAAAGAAAGAUAAAAAAGCCAGUUGAUCUGCUUGGCAAUCACAUUAUUUUAAAUUUUUUUCACCCUUUUUAAGUUGUGCUUUUUGCUGGAAGUUAGUAGAUUGGAGGCCUUUAAUUUUAUAUAUUUUCAAUUUGACCACUAAUAAUCUUGC